AUGUCGUGGCUAUGGAGGUCCGACUCCUCUGCUGCCUCAUUCGAGAAGGCUCUUGCCAAGCUCUCUGGUCAGAUCAGCUCGGCCUCAGUAAGCCUCGACAAGACACGAUCUCGAAGCCGACGAGCGAAAGCACUCUGGACCCUAUACACAAGCAUAGCCUACUUGAUCUCAGUACUCAUCCUUGUUUUGGUUAUUGGUCCUCAAGACUGGACUGUACCACAUUAUGGAGGUUUGGUGGGUGCUCCGCUGUUGAUAUAUGGAGUCAGACAAGCUAUUACGGCUAUCUCUGGCUGGUCGAUAGCGAGGCAACAAUCUCACGUGGACCGAUUGCAGAAGGAACGGGAGGAAAAGAUUGCCCAACUGAAGAAAGCUACCAAGUACGAUAGCACACAAGAGUUGCUACAAAAGUAUGGCGGAGCACCACCGUCGCAACCCAGGGAUGAGGCCCCAAAGCAAGGUACGAAGGGCAAGACGAAAGACACAAGACCACAGACACCAGUUCAGAGAACCGGUCUCCCUCCUCCACCAACCGCAAAUAUCCAGCGUCGUAGUCCUCCAAUUCAGAUCUCCGGCCGUCCUCACACACCGAACGAUACUCAGUCACUGCCCACUGCACAGGGUCUUAUGCAAAGUCCUGUAACUAUAGAAGAGCCUGGCUUUGCCCCGAACGCCUUCUCGCAGGCGCCUCCGUCACGAGCCGCAUACGAGCAUACUUCUCAUUGGUAUGACAGAAUACUGGACGUUAUGCUAGGUGAGGACGAAGCGCAAGCAAAGAACAGGUUAGCUCUACUCUGUCAAAAUUGUCGAUUGGUUAAUGGACAGGCACCGCCAGGUGUCAAGACUCUGGAAGAAUUGGGAAGGUGGAGGUGUCAGAGCUGUGGUGCCUGGAAUGGUGUGCAGGCCGAGACUACCAAGAUGGUGCAGGAAAUGGCUGAGAAGAGACCCACGAGUCCAGCCCCUAGACAUGAAGAUGACGACGAUCAGCAACACGAAUUUGAAGAGUCAGGGACCCUCGAUGGUUCAGAAGGCUCGACCGGGCGUGACAAGGGUGCGGAUACCAGCAGCAUAUCGAAGCGGGUCACACGUAGUGCGAAGAAGCCAGUGGUUGAGGGUCUCUAA